UAUAGAUGCUGAUGAGUGUUCUACAUGGGGUAACCAGUGCCCUCAGAUGUGCCACAAUGUUAAAGGCUCCUAUAAGUGUAUGUGUUACGAUGGAUUCUCCGAUGUCAAAGGCAAGGGAACAAAGUGUAAAGCAGAAGGAAUGACUGCGGUCUUCUUCACCACUGGACAUGAGAUUCGUCAGAUAAUUCUGGAUCGUAAGGACUACUCAGGAACUGUAAACAGUGGACAGUAUCUGGGGGGAAUCGAUGUUGACAUGGGUCGUAAACUGAUUUACUGGACGGACACGUCAAUGAAGAAGAUCCGCCGGGCAGGGAUCCCACAAAACAUGAAGGUGGAUACAGAGGCUCUACCACAGGACCUAAACAUCGCAACUUAUCAGCCGGAGGAUGUCGCCAUAGACUGGGUAGCCAGGAACAUAUAUUGGACGGAUUCUGCACAUAAUACAAUAUCUGUGGCCAAAAGUGAUGGAAGAUAUGCCAAGGUUUUAAUCAGGGAAGACCUUGGAGUUUCCAUUGGCUAUUGCUUCGAUGAGAAUGCUGAUGGAUCGGACAGAGUCACAGUGAUAGGCAGAGGUAUAAUAAAUCCCAUCAGUUUGGAUGUGUUUGAGAGUACCCUGUACUGGGCCUCUCAACAGACGGGAAAGCUGAUGACCAUGGACAAGUUUGGACGAGGUGUCAAUGUCACAUUACAGGCCGGACUUCUACUACCAUCUUCCCUCAAAAUCUUCCACCCAAGAAGACACAAUAUGACAGUGAAGAAUCGUUGCCUGUCGUCCACUGAGAGAUGCAGUCACCUGUGUCUGCUGACCCCUGAUGGCUUCAGGUGUGCCUGUCCAGAGAGAGCACAGUUCAGGGAUCCAUUCACCUGUGAUGCAGCCUGGGAAGAAGAAAUCCCAGACCCAGAACUUUGUAUAUGUUACAAUGGAGGAACUUGUUUAAUGAUCAAUGGCUCCAAGUCAUGCCAAUGUCUAACUGGUUACAGUGGGGAGGAGUGCCUUGUAAAACUUCCAGAAAAAUUAAUUGAUGAAGAAUCUGCCACAGAUGUGGUUGGGAUUAUAGUUCCUGUCAUCGUAGUCACCAUAGUGACAGUAGCCUUCAUUUUGUUCUUGUUCAUCUUGAAGAAAAAGGGGAAACUGUUACUUAAGGCUCGUGACCUGAAGGUGGGAUCCAGCAGUGUCUCCUACAGGGAUGGGGGAAAUGUACAGAUCGCUCCACCAUUCAAUUUCGAGGAACCAAAUCCAAAUUUAUGUGGCAGUGAAAUAGAUUCCACAAACUUUAGUAACCCUAUGUUUUUCAAAGAGGAGGGUUUAGAUACGACGUUACGUAGUGCACCAGAUAUAGCAGCCCCAGCGGACUCUAUAACAUUGUCACAAAGUGGUGUCUCACAGACAAACGGACAUGUGGACUCCACCAUAUAACACACCAUAGGGAUCUCAUACAUUACCGAAUCCUCAUUCUACAAACUGUGUGAAAAUUAUAAAUGUGACUGCAAGAGGAUGGAUGGAUGCUAAACAUGUUUUUUUAUGAAGUUUGUAAGUUUCUGAAAGCUGUUUUAAUGUGGCAGAGAAGAAAUAUCAUAUCAAACUUUUCUUUUCUUUGCACAUGUACAUGUUUAUAUGUAAAUAUAUUGUUUUUCAUUGCUUUUUUGCAAAUAUAGACACAAAUGCUAUUAAAAGUAUUAAACUGA